CAUGCACCUGCACACCAACCAACCAGCCAGCAGGUGGCGACGUGCUAGUUUACUUUACCUGUCACCUGUCACCUGUCUUGGCUGUGUGUUGGCCACCUUGUCAUGAAUAUAUAUAUAUAAAGAGCAAAAUAUGAAGGGGUGCACAGGUUUAUCAGCCAGGUGGAAGUUUCUCUCUUUUGUGGAUUUAUCCGUUUGGCGAAGAUUUGAAGGCAGUUUGAUAACUUAAUUUUUUAACCAUCAUGAUCUUCUCACAGAGUGCUCCCACUGUCCCACAAUUCCCCUGGGGAGGAGGGACAGGGCUGCGAGUUUACGCCUUCCUCCAUCAGAUGCACAUCCUGGGAUUCAUUAGGAGUGUUUCAGCAGCAGCUCAGGGCCCUAAAUGUUCCGCCUGACUGCAACCAUGAACUCCACCUGAGCUAGAGGACGCCACCAAACCCCCACCACCCCUCCCCUCACCCGGCUGGAUUUACUUUGACAUUCAUAUUUUGGGAACUCUUCUUCCACAAUGCUGUGGGAAUUUGGACUUGUUCUCCUGUUCGUUCUCGCUCCACAAGCUGCUGGAAUUAAAGAGAGCGGCGUCAGGCUGGACUCGGGAGUGCAAACGGAGGCCUCCGGCCCUGUACGUUUGGUGGAGCUGCUGAAGAUGUCCACACAAACUGCAGGCUCGGGGUUUGAACUGGACAGACGUCGAUCAAAGAGGUCUGUGUUUUUACACUCCGGAGUGAGAAUCUGCCCACAAGAGACCAUCAAUGAAGUGCUCGCCAGCCACCAGGCAUAUUACCAGCUCAGAGUUUGUCAGGAGGCUGUGUGGGAGGCGUUCAGGAUCUUCUUCGACAGGAUCCCCGGGACGGCGGAGUACCAGAAAUGGGUUCACACGUGUCAACACGAGUCGCUCUGCAUAUCUGACCUCGCCAAAAACUUCAGCAGCUCUGAGGAGCACAUGAGCAUGAUUCACAGGAGGAUGAACCGGAGGAGAGACGGGAGUCCUCCAUCACGAGUGGUGACUCCUGCACCGAAACAGAAGAUCCCCGAGAUAGCAGGUGCAGAGGCUCAGACCGUCGCCCCGUCGGCGGCCUCACCGACUGCCACCACCAGCACCACCAUCCUCCUCAGCCCUGUGAGUGCCUCUCCAACCCCCGCCCUCGAUCAGACCCAGCCGGCCGAGGAGGUCGAGGAGCAGUGGGGAGCAGACCUGAAGGACUCGGAGCUUCCUAAUGUGGUCCCUGAGAAUCCGGUGGAGCAGAUCGUGGAGUUCAGUAUCGACCUGGUGGAUCCAGGUUACAGAGAGCUGCUGGAUGAUCCAGACUCCCCUCAGUACAUCGACCUGGCCCAACACCUGCAGGACCAGAUGCAGCAUGUUUUUGACAAACUUCCAGGAUUUAAAACCAUCCAUGUGCUGGGAAUCAGCGAGACCCAGGACACUGAUGGGCUUGGAGGAAUCUCAGUGCACUACUCACUUGUCUUUGAGAUUAAUUCACCUAAAAUCAACUCUGAGAAUUCAGAGACAGCGACCGGCACCCCGGAGUCUUCAGCCAACUCUGGCCUCAGGGAAAUAGUCGCCAAGGCUUUGCGUGAGGAGGCCUCGCUGCCAGUUGAUCUGGACUCACUUAACUUCGAACCAGGAGCAAUCCUCCUACCAGCACUGACAUCAACCUCUUCAGUAGAAGUAGUGAAUGAGUCAAUUGAGCCUGAUUCACACAACGAGUUUGAAGUUUUCACUGAUGAGCCUGAAGUUGAUAAACCUCGGCUGGUGGUUCCCCUCACACCCAUGGAGAAGGAAAAUGCCCUCGUGACCCUGCUAGAUCCCACGGCUGUCCCAGAUGACGAGACAACGGCAGUGACUGGUGGGAUGGCAGAGAGCAGCGAUCAUUCCCCGGCCUCAGAGGAUAUUACUGAUGAGUCAGAGGCAAUUUUUGUGAGUGAGCCUGAACCAUCAAAUGAAGAAGGGGAGGAAGAAGAAUUGCUGAUCAUUACACAUGAGAUUGAAACAAUUCAUCAUGACGAAACCGGUGAACUUGUGAGACACUACAUCCCCACCCCUCCUGUGAUUCUCGAGCAGGAGACAGAUGCGCCAUAUGUGAGUCUGUCUCCUAACCUGAUAUCAGAGGAAGACCUGACUCCUGUUGAUGAGGACAGCGAGAAUCCUAGUUUGGAUGUUGUUACCCCCACCACACAGAUUUUAUUAACUACAGCUCCUGUUGGAGAGGAGCUGUCUGAUUUGGGGCUCCCAUUCACAACGCUUUCAGGCAUCACAGGCCAACCGCCCACUGAGCCAAUAGCGAACCUUAAAGAAGAUGCAGAAGUUAAUGCUCUUCCAGAUGAGGAAGAGGUUGAUUUGGGUGUCCCUGGACCUUAUGACCCUGGUGAGGUUUUGGUAAAAGAAGCCCAAGAUGUUUCAGAGUUGGAAACUGAAGUUGAAAUUUUAGAACCAGAGCGAGAGUUAGUGGUGAAACCUGAUGAAGUUUUGCAGCCGACACCUGAACAAACUGAAGUUUCUGACCCAGGAGAAGUGUCAGAACCUGGGAAAGAAAUAGCUGAAUUUUCAGAGCCAGAGGAAGAAGUAGCUGAAGUUUCGGAGCCAGAGGAAGAAGUAGUUGAAGUUUCGGAGCCAGAGGAAGAGUUGGUAGAAAAUCAAAAAGAGGUGGUAGCUUUAAAACCAGAAGAAAUGGAGGAGAAGGAGCUUGAUGAAGUUUCAGAACCAGUUGAGGUUUCAGAGCCAGAAGAAUCCGAACCAGAGACAGAACUAGAUGAUAGUGCAGUUGAGAUUUUUAAGGAAGGAGUGGAAGAGGGAGUGGAAAUUUUGCAACUCGAAAAGGAAAUCAUUGAAGUUCCAAGAGAGGUAAAAGAGGAACCAGAACAAAGCAUAUUUGAGGUGUCAAAUUCAGGUCCAGAACCGGAGAAAGAUGAGGUUUCAGAACAAGCUCCAGAAGCAGAGGAAGAGUCAGAACUCGGUGGGGAUGUAGAUGAGGUUACUGAACAAGAAGAAGAGAUGGUUGAAUCUGCAAGAUCAGAAGAAACUGCACCUGAAGUCUCAGAGGAAACGGCACCUGAAUCCCCCGAGGAAACGGCACCUGAAUCCCCCGAGGAAACGGCACCUGAAUCCCCAGAGGAAACGGCACAUGAAUCCCCAGAGGAAACGGCACCUGAAGUCCCCGAGGAAACGGCACCUGAAGUCCCCGAGGAAACGGCACCUGACGUCCCCGAGGAAACGGCACCUGACGUCCCCGAGGAAACGGCACCUGACGUCCCCGAGGAAACGGCACCUGACGUCCCCGAGGAAACGGCACCUGACGUCCCCGAGGAAACGGCACCUGACGUCCCCGAGGAAACGGCACCUGACGUUUCUGAACUGGAAGCAGAGAUAGUUGAGGAGGAAGCUGAGGUUCCAGAACCAGAGGAUGAGGUUGUAAAAUCAGAGGAGGAAGUGGUGGAGAUUUCGGAAGUAGAAGAAGUUGUCGAAACUCCAGCGCCAGGUGAAGGUGUGGUUGACGUAUUGGAACCAGCAUCUGAACCAGAAUCAGGGCCAGAACAGGAAGGGCAUGUAACUGAAGUGACAGAAACACGAAAUGAGGUAGUUGAGGCUGCAGAAUCAGAGGAGGAGCCAGAAAAGGUUUCAGAACCAAGUGAAGAAGGUAGAGGUUGUAAAGAUAGCUUCAGAACCAGGGAAAGAAUCAGAAGAAAUACCAAUGUACCACAACUAGAGGAGGAUGUAGUUGAGGAUGUAAAAUCAAAGGAAGAAGUGGUUGCGGUUCCAAUACUGAAGAAAGAGCCCGUGAACAUUUCGGACCCGCAACUGCCACCACAAGGUGGAAAAGAGGAAGCUGAUGUUUUUGAGGAAAAACAAGAGAAGGUAGUUGAGAAUCCAGAGGAAACAUCAGAACCAGGGGAAGGCACAGAUCAUGUUAUACCACCAACAAAAGAGUUACCUGGGGUUUCCAAGCCAGAAUCAGAAGAGGAAGUAGUAGUUGAUGUCCCAGAACCUAAUCCAGAGGAGGAGGAGGGGAUAUUUGAGAUUUUAGAGCCAGAACCCGAGGAUUAUGUUACUGAGCCGCCAGCUGAAUCAAUUAAAAUCCUUCGCCCCUUGGACGGCAGGGGAAAUCUUCACUUUGGAGAUGAGGAUUCUGUUCAGGUUGUUGAAGAUAACAAGUUCCUUCAACCAGUCAGACCGGACUAUCACCAGCCACAUGAGGAAGAUAACUUACCCAUCAAACCAAUAGACAUCCAACAUUCUGAAGAAGAUGUAGUUGAACCUGAUCCUGAAUAUCCCAUUAUCGAUGACUUUUACAUCGAGGAGGAUGUUGAUAGUGUAGACACACAAGUGGAGAGUGACACUGGUGCCGUCACAACCACACCAACAUCAAAGAGUGAUCAAACAACCUCUGAUAUUGCAGAGGUGACAGCUCCAGACAAGCACGACACAUCAGAGGGCACUGAAGUCACAGAGGACUUGCCGGAGGAGACACAAGAAAGUGAUUCAUCCCCAGAAAGAGACAUCAGUGUAACGGCAGCACCGGUUUCAGACUUCUUCCCUACACCUCCAGCAACUUCUGUCGAUGUGUCUGAAGUGUCCUCACCCAGCCCAACUAUAGACUCUGGACUCUUUGACGUAGCAGAGCAAUCUGUAAUCUCCUCUGCUCCUGAGUCUUCAGAGGAUGAUAGCACAGAGCCAGAGGCAGAGUCGGAGCAAAGUGAGCCAGCCGUCGUCAUUAUCGAUGAAGACUUGGAAGAGGCAGUGCAGAAAGGAGGUGAAAGCCAAACCAGCCCUCCAGCAGCUAUCGAAGACGCCAUUGACGAGGUUGUAAAGGACCUGGCAGUGGAGCUGGAUCAAACGGACGUAGCAACCACGGAGGCAAAUGAGCUGCUGGACGAGGGGAGUGGCUUCCUACCUGUGGGUGAGGAACGCACCACUGUCAGCGUCACAGCCCCGCCUCCAGUGAGAUACCUGACCACACCCUCCAUGACCAAAGCCAGCCAGGGCAGGGAGCUGGUGGUAUUCUUCAGCCUGCGCGUCACCAACAUGGACUUCUCUGAGGACCUCUUCAACAAGACGUCUUCAGAGUACAGAUCCCUGGAGAACACCUUCUUAGACGUGCUGCUGCCGUUCCUGCAGGCGAACCUGACGGGCUUCAAGAAACUGGAAAUUCUUAACUUCAGGAAGGGCAGCAUCGUUGUCAACAGCAAGAUGAAGUUUGCCAAGUCGGUGCCGUACAACAUCACUGAGGCCGUCCACUGCGUCCUGGAGCAGUUCUGCUCCUCCGCCUCCAAGAACCUGCACAUCCACAUCGACACCCACUCUCUGGAUGUUGAACCAGCUGAUCAGGCCGACGCCUGCAAGUUCCUGGCCUGCGAUGAGUUUUCCCGCUGCGUGGUGAACGGCCGGACGAAGGAGGCUCAGUGUCUGUGUGAGCCGGGCUUCCUGUCGGUGGACGGCCUGCCCUGUCAGAGUCUGUGUGUCCUCCAGCCGGACUACUGCCAAGGAGGGGAGUGUCACAUAGUUCCUGGACACGGAGCCCUGUGCAGAUACAAAGACAGUUAUUCCCUCCCGGGGCUGGCCAGUUAAGAAAUAUAUAUCGGAUUGGACGUCACCUGAGAAUACUACAAAAGACUCGAUGAAACGACUCAGCAGCAGGAACUCGGGACUCAUCAAGGCCUCACAGUUAAAAAAUCAAAAAUGCUGCUGAGCUGAAGAGGCUUCAGGACAAACUGUACGCUUCCACACUCCUCAGAGCUCCGAGCUUCGUAUCAAAGGACAAUCUCCUUUCAGGGGAAACAGACAUUUAGGCCACUUUGAAAACUGUUGGAAAGCCGUCUUCUGCAGCCGCGAGCAGCGUGACGACGAGGCGGAGCUCAGCGGACGACUCUGCAGCAUCGAUCUCGUGGAUAUCGAUACACUCUGGCCUGCUUUUGUACACGUCUGGGGUUUUUUUUGGGCAAUUAACACUGAAGAGUCUCAGCACUGGCCUCCCACAUCAUUUCGUGAUUUUUCCAGUAAGCUUUGACAGCUUUACCCUGUUGUACACCUGAAGCUCAAACUAGGACUGAAGGAUCACUUUGGAUUAGUUGCCGUAGUGACGACUAGGAAAAUGAGGCCGACAGCCCAGUUUCACGGUGAUCUAGAUCCGUGGUUCCCAACCUUUUUAGCUUGUGACCCCUUAAAAUCAAGCGAUAUUUAUUAAGGUUAUGGUUUCGUGCGGACAUGAGCUUUGAGCAGUUCAGUUUGAGCUGAAGGAUUUUUAGAGGCUCGACCAGUAUUUCGUCCUUAGUCUCCCUUUAAUCAUCUUGAAACUCCUCAGGUUUAUUGUGGGACCAGUGAUCUAAAAAUAGAACAAGGAGCAUUACCAUCGUGCAAAAUUAGGAUCCUACGGACUACACUGAAUUUGAAAUAAGACUACAGCCAUGCUAACAUGCUGAUGUUACGUAGGUAUAACCGUUAGCAUGCUAGCAUUUUUAUUUAAUUAGCAGUAAACACGAAGUCCAGCUGAGGGCUGAUGGGAAUGUCAUUAGCUCUGCAGGAACUCAGAGAAACAAACUUCUCCAAUCUACAUUUAAUUUAACCUCGGCCACAAAACCCAGAGUGAUAUCCGCUAUCGAGGCAACUUUGAAUUUUACAUAAUUUUUUUUAAGCAUGAAAGUUCAUUCUUGAAAUAGUAGUUCCCAAAAAAACCCAAUUCACGGUCCAAUUACUAGCUUCUUACAGAGCUUUCAACCAUCUCACACAGUCUUCAUCAGUGGAUGGAGUGAGCCCGGCUGUCGUGAAGAUGUUGAACGAGCUAUGGAUCAAAUCAGCUGCCAACAGAUCCAUCUCCACGACACAGUGUUAGUUCAACAUAAUUAUUAUAAUGUAAAUCACAUUUCCAGCUCCAGUAGCUUCUUUUAUCAGGUUUAAACAUCAACAUUUUGAGCGUUGGUAGAUCUCUAAUAUCUUCGUCAUAUUCUCUUGUACAGUUCAUGUAAAAAAUUAGCUCAUGCUGUUUGUUUAUUGCUGCUUUUGGGGGGGAAAACCCACCAAACUGUAAUUUGGACUUUUCUUAUUUAAAGUGUUAAAUGAUCAUAGUCAAUAGUUGAAAAUACAAAACUGUGUUGAAUAAGAGAAGUCAUUUUGUUCAUUUCUUUAAAGAGGUGUUUUGCAGAUAUUCAGGUUUUGUUUGGUGUCACCAACAAUCUGACGCUGCUGUCAAACUGAAGUCGAAGAAAGAGCAGAGAGGUGAGUGAAACAUGGAAUGCAUUUAUUCAUCUGUUAGAGAGAUCAGCGUUAGAAAAACGACAGUGGACAAAAAGGCAGUGCUUCCCGAGGAAUGAUUGUAAUGUGUGGAGAGAAACAGAUCGUAGCAAAUGUGGGAUAAUUUCUUGUACAUUUGAGGAAAUCGCUCUGGUAUUAAAACCAACACUGUGGCCCCUUUUACACUCAGCAUUACCAGCCAGGAAAACACCUCGGCUCACCUGCAGGCAUCAAACUUUAUCUCUCAGUAAAGUCAGUCUUUUCAGAUCAGAUUUAAACCAAACUUGAAUUACGCUUAAGAUGCAGUUCAAAUCUUCGAAUGUGUAACUCUGUCUGAACCUGAAGUGAUCCAGUUUUGAGAGGGCUAGUUGUUUCUGCCGUCCCUGAUGUUACAGGUCGCGGCUGGACUAAAGGAAAACCAGCGAGAGAGAAACUAAGUUAAUGAAGUCGUUUCAUCUGGAGGUGAGAAAAUGCAUCUUAAUCAGAGUAAACUGGUGAAAAUUUCUUACUCGAACCUGUGUCGUUACCAUGACAGCUAACAUUGUAACCAUAGCAACGAUUACAGGGACAACGACCUUGAAAUAAACUAUAGGAUUUUAUGGCAUUUUAAAGGUGGGGUAUGCGAAUUUCUCCUCACGGUCCGCUAGCUGCCCGUUCAGUGGCUCUGCCCGGCUAAAUGGGAAAGUGGCUCGGACCGAGACGCACAACACUAUUCCAGCCAUGAUGUGUGUGUCAGGUAGCGUUAAACGACUUGCCCGCGGACAUUCAGCUGACUCUCUAGUUUGCUGAGAUCUGCUGCUGUUGUGAUGUUAGCUACAGCAGCAGGAGAGUUGUGAGCGUCGCUGUCUGGAGCUGCUGUGCUGGCUCUGGGAAACCGUCUCGUCCUCUCUGGCUGUUAGCUUCGCAGCAGCUACUGUAGCGACAGUUUGCUAACCCACAACCUAGCUAACGUUUGUCACAUUACUUGCUGUGUCGUUGUUCGCUCUGUAUCAUGGUAUUAGAUUUCUCCAGAAUCGCAUACCCCGCCUUUAAAGUCAGCACCUAAAUAUGUCAGAGAAGUGAAAUAAUACCAGUUGCUACAGAUAAUCAAGAGCUGGGCAGUUUUGUGUAAGUAAUUACCUUCAGCUGUCUGAAGUUUGGUGACCUGUCUAUCUGUUCAGCCGCAGUACUGCCGUGCAUUUCAGUGUUUUUACAGUGUUUACAACCCAAUAUAAAUCAGGUUGGAAGAAAACAGACCGAUCUGUUCCGUCAGACAGGCCCGAGACAGACUGAAGACGGGGUAAGCACUGACUCGGUGAUGUGCAGAUCAAAACUGGCAAAAUUUGAGGUUUUUUGUUUGUUUCAGGUUUUCUGUAACAGAUAACAACACGGAGUUACUUCAUAUUGAUAUAUAGUCAUUUCCCGAUAUACAAACCAUAAACAGUAACCACUGAGCUUGUGAUUUGCAUAUCAAAAAACACCUAGUUUGGUGAGCUUUUAUAAACGUCAAAAGAAUUUCAAUGACUUUAUGACAACACGGAGUUAACACCGGCUGCAUAGUAAAAUAGAUACUGGAAUAUGUUGAAACAGCAGUUACUUGACGUCUUAAACUCUCUUUUAACCUCAAAUCAAAACUUUCUGUCUUUGCGGUCACUGUUAGCUGCACUAUCAGGCCUUCAGUGCAUCAUUCAUUGAUUGAUUGAUUUCAAGCCUGCUUCCCUGCAUGUUAAUGCCAUUUGUAAAAGGGAUCAGCUACUUUGCAAUAAGACAGAUCUUUAUGCUUUCGGACAAUCUAAGUCACCUUUGUGUUGUGCAGAAAAGGCCGUGAAAAGGAACAGAAAGCUCAGGAACAAACUUGGCAACCUCAGGUGAAACGUCGCAGCAGAUUGUCUUUAAAUUUUUUAUGUACCUGUCAAAGGAGGCUUGUUUUUCUCUCUUAACUUAGUUUGCGUGAUUUAUUGCUUCUCUUGACAAUCGCACGCCCCGAGCCACUGAAGUAGAAACUGUUCCUUCAAAAAUAAAUGUUUUACAUUCCAGUUGGAAAAUCACUGUUGGCUGCAUAUACUGUACCUGCUGUAUAGAAAAUAUUCAGUGUUGAAUGAAUGUUCCAGUUCAAGGCUGAGUACCAGUGCAUCGUACAGAGUUAAUAACGAUAACUCGAUAGCUUCUCACACAGCAGAAAAAUGUCCAAUCUUAUUUUUUAAACAAACAGCCAGAUGGAGUGAUUUAUAUUUUCAGGAUAACGCCAAUGAAAAACGUGAAACUGCCUUGGGAAUCACUGCAUUGGCAAAUUAUAUUUCCUCGUGUAAAAAGAUCAGAUUUGAAGACUAAAUAUGGUAUGAAUGAGUUUUUUUUUUUUUUGAUCUGGUCUCAAACAGCCCACGAGGAGUUGCAUCUCAGCAUUUGCAUAAUUAAUUCACAUUUUCUGCUUUGCUCGAUAAACGCAGACAAAAACUAAUCACGGAGCUGAAUUACUGCUCUGACCCAAAAAAGCCCAACGAGGGCUCGAUGGUUAGAGCGACGUUUGGUCUCAAAGUCAAACAUUUUUGGACCUCUCAUUAGCUUUACACAUUAAAUCACACGUAAUGAGAAGAAAAGAGGAAUCACUA